AUGGGGCGCCUGACGGAGGCGGCGGCAGCGGGCGGCGGCGCUUCAGCGGCGCGCUCGGCCGGGUCCCCUCCCGCUCCCCUGCCCCUCUCGUCCACGUCCCCCGGCUGCGCGGCCGCCAUGGCGUCCAGCGAGGAGGACGGCACCAACGGCGGCGCCUCGGAGGCGAGCGAGGAGAGGGAGGCUGUGGGCAAGCGGAGGCGCCUGGGCUUGUUGGCCACGGUCUGGCUCACCUUCUACAACAUCGCCAUGACCGCGGGGUGGUUGGUACUGGCUAUUGCCAUGGUACGUUUUUACAUGGAAAAAGGAACACACAAAGGUUUAUAUAAAAGUAUUCAGAAGACACUUAAAUUUUUCCAGACAUUUGCCUUGCUUGAGAUAGUCCACUGUUUAAUUGGAAUUGUACCUACUUCUGUGCUUGUGGCUGGGGUCCAAGUGAGUUCAAGAAUCUUCAUGGUGUGGCUCGUUACUCACAGUAUAAAACCAAUCCAGAAUGAGGAGAGUGUGGUGCUUUUUCUGGUCGCGUGGACGGUGACAGAGAUCACUCGCUACUCCUUCUACACAUUCAGUCUUCUCGACCACUUGCCAUACUUCAUUAAAUGGGCCAGAUAUAAUUUUUUUAUCAUCUUAUAUCCUGUUGGAGUUGCUGGUGAACUUCUUACAAUAUACGCUGCCUUACCAUAUGUGAAGAAAACAGGAAUGUUCUCCAUAAGACUUCCCAAUAAAUACAAUGUCUCUUUUGACUACUAUUAUUUUCUUCUUAUAACCAUGGCCUCAUAUAUACCAUUGUUUCCACAACUCUACUUUCAUAUGUUACGUCAGAGAAGAAAGGUGCUUCAUGGAGAGGUGAUUGUCGAAAAGGAUGAUUAAAUGAUCCCCACAACAAGGUGCUUUUUCCAGAAUAACCAGGAUUACUUGAGUCCAAGUUUUAAUAACAAGAAUAAACAACUUGAUAAAUA